GGCCUAUAAUGCUACCGACUAAUACUCACCCGCGGAGACCCAGUUGAAUCUCGCACCAUGGAGUCCAUCCAGCCAUGGAUAGGACCCCUCAUUGAACGCUCUCUGUCUCUUUAUUCGCAUGGGCAACUAGAUGAUCUAGAAGUCGAGGACGAUGGAAGCAACCUGCGAUUUAAAGUUCCUUCGGGACGCCAUGCCAUGAUAACCGCGUGGGAUAACAUGAAGAAUUGGUCCAAAGCAAGAAUCACGGAUCAGUUGACCCAACUCGAUGCGAUCAUCUCCGAAGAGUCACUCGAAGUAUACAAUCGAUCAUUCCCCCAUCGACCGGUGGACAUCAAGGAAGCCAGAGGAUGUUCCAUUCGGCUACUCGAUUUUGAGAUGGUUCUCGAAUAUGCCGCUUCAAGUCCAGGGAUCCAUCUCUACGUCAAGCGUUUCGAUGUUGCAUGGGAGGGGUUUAGGUACAAGGGCCCCGUUCCAGGGAGAUUGCCGAAAAAAUCGAAGGAACUCAUGGAGUUGGUAAACCAGGCCUUCAAACACGCUAAGUCGGCAGGGAAAGGGGGCCAAGUUCCGAAAGAUCCUCGCUUUCUUGGCUCUCCUGGCUCAUUGAAGGGUCAUGCCCCCCAAGCUCCUGGCACACAGAGCGUUUUGAUGUCUCAGGUACCUUCAGAUCUCUAUGGAAGGAAUUGGGCGUACAGUUCACAAACAGCCCCGCUGCCAGUAAACUCGGAUCAGCUCCUGGGUCAUCUUGGUGGUGGCGCCCACGUUUCACAGAACGGGUCCCCGUCACAGGCACCGCCUGAGAUCGUGGCCCAACCAAAUAGAGCAGUGGGAACUGACCAGACUCGUGGAGGUGAUGUCUCUAUCGGGACCGAUAGUAGACCUUCGGCUCAAGAUCAUGUGCAGCUCCCGGACCCGGUGUCUGUUACUAGGCUCAAGACUCCCGAUCGAAAUACUCCCGGCAUGGGUGAACACACGAGAGAUAAGACGGAAGAGUGUACAAAUCCCGCGCAGAAUCCAGAUCGAGAAGAAAACGUGGAAAAACAUGCCAAAUCGCCAGCUCAGACCGGCGCCUCGAAACGGACAUUAACGGACAGCGAGGAUCUCAACAGCCCAAAACGCAGCCGAGAAAAUCCUUGGGAAGGUAUGACAAUGAUUUCCAAAAAGGACGUGGAAAUACCCAAGGAUCAGAGGAAACUCUUUGAACAACAUCUCCGUCGUUGGAUACCGGCUUCACCGGGAAGGGAUGAAAUUACAGGGAACGUACCACCUGCACUCUUGCACCAAUGGAAUCAAAUUGCGCUGAAGAGACACCGCAUGGCCCAGCAACCUGGCCCGAGGAGCUCAACACCUAACCCAGCCAUUUCACACGAUGCACAGCCCGAUACACCCAACCGUUCCCCGGAGCCAGACCCAGAGUCCGACGAAGGCUCGCCGUGCGACUGGUCCAUUAGUAAUGAUGCAUCUCCAAGCCGAGGAAUUCCAGCGGACAGCAGCCCCGUGCGAGAAAUACCCAGGGGUAGACGAGGCGACUUGCGAUGGGCUGAGUUAGAUUCCACUCAUAACCAGCCAGAAGCCGAUGCAGAGCCAGAACAAGACAUACGGAUGGAAAGCCCACCAAAACAAGGCCAUGAGCCAAAACCCGACAUGGCUGAUGGUGAUACUGGUAUCGAGGACACCAGGGCUCAUAUACAAGAGACACACGAGUCUGACAAUGAAAGCGAUGACUCUACAAUGGAAACAUCUGUCCCGUGCGCCCUCGGGAGCAAUUCCCAACAAACAAACCCGGCCAGUCAGCCAGAAAACGGUGUCAACAGCUCGGGCUCGGCACACGAGCAGUCUGUCCAAGAGCAUGUGCAGGUCAUGGAAACCCCUGCCAACAAACGUCGAGCGGCGAAGCCCAAAGAGAGUCCUAACCAUACCGACUCAAAUUCGCAGCCGUCUGGGCAGCCAUCGUCAUCGGGGCCAGAGUCGUCUCAAUCUCGUAUACUCAACACAUAUGCAAGCAACAACGGUGAUCCCGAACGCACGGAAGAUACGAAUGUUUCAAUCGGGUCAGAAGAUGGCUCAAACAACGCCAAUAUACUGGGCACGCAAUCAAGUACGGGACACUGGUCAAUGCAAGAAACAACGUUCUCCCAGUCGGAUAUGUUGCUCGAUCCUUCGGUGUCUAGAAACAGGGAACAGAGUGUCGGAGUGGUCAAUUCUACGUGUCAGUCAGAAGAGUCAUCGAAGCCAUUCUCAUCGUACCGAGAGGUCUUGCACUCAACUCAGUCGGAAGAUAUCGAGGAUGCAUCGGGCCCCAGCAGCUCGCUGCCUGAUCUCCUUGUCGAGCAUGCCAGAAGAUUAGCGUUGAAGCGAGGCAUUUCUGAAGUUGAUAAUGACCUAUCAAUGGCGAAGCGAUUCAAAGCGCAACACGACGAAGACCACGAUGUGAGCCGGUCGGUAUCGGACAUCGUCACCCGUCGACAGAGCUAUAUCAGCGGCUCCCCUGAGCAUUUCGAAGCGCAGCGGAUACAUGAGAAAUUCCGGAGGGCCUACCCCAGCUACACGGGGGACUUCCUUCAUUUCACAGAAUUAUGCUCCAUGCUGCGAUCUCUGCGGAGUCAAGGGAAUCUCACGCGGUCUUUCCUAUGGGACGACUUCAUCAUCAAGCACUUGCAAGACUACCCACAGCAUCGGGAGCAGUCAUCCGCCGCCGAAACCAAGACACUGCCAUACGAAGAGUUCUUCCUAUCAACGUAUAACAAGCCCUCGUACAAGAAACGAGAUCUCACCGUUAAGAGCAUCGAGGUCGCGGCCGCACAGUAUGUGCCCCUGAGCCAGUCGAGUCCGGUUCACCAGGCCGACGCAAAGGUCUCAUUCACGGGCAGUCUGGUGGACCGGUUCUCCAAUUUCCACGCGCACUCGUUUGGACCCUCCAGUCAGAGUGCCCAGACCGACCUGGAUAUCGACCGGAUGCCGUCCACCCAGUCAACGGACUCCCAGGAAGACACGCAGGCGGCCGCUGAAGAACAGCUGCUAGGCGAAGUGUCCCAAGCAUCCGCGCGCGAGGAGGCAGACCCCGAGCGCAGUGGUCUCAACAAAGAACGUCGCACAGCGCCUCCCAACCAACAUCCAGAGGAAGCAGGUGCCAGACAUUCCCCGAGCCCCACUGAAUCACAUUACGACGACGCCAUCGAAGAGGCACGACGAAGCCGCGCGCCUGAUGGACCCCCCAACCGCUCAGCCAGCGCCUCCGAAAGCGAAUCAUGCUACAAAGACGCGAUGGACGAGACCAGAAGUAGUCCAGCCGGCGAAAUCCAAGUCGAACCCGACCACCAGUCCACCAUCGAACGCAGCAUCCCCGAAAGCGUUUCCGAAUCUAUUUACGACGACCCCAUGGACGAAACGCACGAAACAGCCAGCAUCGAGCUCGGCGACGACGAGGACAACGACGCAGGGCCGUCCUCCACAGCAGAUGCAAAAGGUCUCCCCUCGCAGGAAUCCGAACCCGAGAGCGACAACGAGAACUGGUUUGACUCCCUGCACCACAUCUGGGAGCGUUCCGAUGCAGACCCGCCAUGGUCAGACGACCGCAACACACCGUUCAAGACGUGGGCGCGGGAGACGCUGAACGUGAAGUCGGAGGUGAAACGGCGGGGGUGGGCGUAUGCAGUUGACGAGAGGGGGGUGGUUCAACGGCCUCGUUGA